GGACAUUUUAUUGAGAUUGUGACUGCGAAGAGUCACUAUCGCGUUCGUGUUAAACGCAUGCUUUCUGGACCUCGCUGUGCUCCGUAGCACGCAGUUGACUCAACAACGUGCAACUAGAGUAGUGAAGACUUUAGGUUUGAACACUUUUUAACAGCAGCAAGUAGAGACUGAACAAAACGUAAGUAUCAUUUUUCAUUGUGCAGUUGAAUGGUGUUUGUUAUAUAUAAAUUACCUUGUGAUUAUACUGAGAAAUAACCUUAUAACCGAGGAAGACACUCUCAUCCAACACGUUUCACAUCAUGCUUUUUUCAUGUAAUGGAGUUAAGAAGAGUCGAAGUGACUUGUUAAGUAUUUAAAACCCGUCCUGAAAUGAAAAUGUAUCGUAAUGAAUAUGCCACACAGAGUAACACACAUAAUUAGAUUGUGACUUUGUGUUUCUUAACGUUAGUGUUUGGACACGGCAUGGUAACGUUGCAGCUGCGUGAUUACACAUGAAGCUAAGCUAGCAGGUUAGCUUUAAGCUAAUACCAAAAGCAGCAUGACAUCAACAUAAAUGAAAACAAGUUCAAGAAAACCAGCCUGCUGAGUAUGAUAUUUAACAUGAUUUGCCUCAAAGCGUUGUCUGACUCUGCUUACUCAUUCAAGGUAUACAUCAGAUUCAUAAAUGAAUUGGGAUUAUUUUCGUCUUGCUGUGAAACUGAAGCAAAUCAGAAACAGACUUGAUACUAAACAGCAUAGACGUCCUUUAAUUCAAUCACAGCUGCUGAAGCUGCUCAAUGCAGAGAAAAAUCUGGAAAAGAGAGCGAAGGGGUUUCAUUAAUCUAGACCUCAACACACCCAUAUCUAAACCUGGCAGUACUUGGCCCUGCAGACAAUUGAUAAGAUAUUUAAAUACCUACAGCUAUAACAUCAAUGAUGGGAUUGAUUGAGUCUUAAUAAUUGUGAAAGCUUAAUGACCCAAUAUUUGGGAAGCCAAGGACUGAGAAUAUUUAGCAUUUCUGUUCAUUCAUCAUCUUAACCAAUCUGCAUUUUGAUUUACAAUCAACUUUUGUAUGUGUUUAAUGUUUGGGUUAGUGACUUUCAACAAAUACAAAAUGACUAAGCUGUAUUCUUUAAAAAUCAAUGAGGUAAAUAUUCUUGUACUUCAGCAUGAAGAGUGUGCAUGCUCACAGGUAUAGAGGAGCAAAAACUGGGCCAUUGUUAAAUGCAUCAGACUACCUCUGCCUUUAGUCCUGUCUGAAUCUAAUGCAAUGGUGUUUUUUUUUUGUCAGCUAAGCAUUUAAUAGUGUAAUUGUGGUUCUAGUGGGCCUCAAACAAAACAUGCAUUCAUGAAAGUGCCCCCCCCCCCCCCUUCAUUUAACAAGAGAUGAUUGAUUGUCUAAUCAUAUUUGUCACUGUUUCCAACACAGAACAGUCAUGGCAGAAAAUCAAUCAGAGAUGACUCCGGUCGAGAUGAAAGUGGCCCGACAAAUCGAGGUAAUUCCGGGUUAAUGUUUUUUUGUGUUUGUGUGAAUCAGUUUCUUUAAAUAAUGAAUAACAAUAAAACUAAUAAUAAUAAUGAUUUCAAAUGUUUGUUUUUGUAUCCACCUUCAGUACUACUUUGGAGAUCACAAUCUUCCAAGAGACAAGUUUCUCAAAGAACAACUGCAGCUUGAUGAUGGCUGGGUGACUUUGGAGACAAUGCUGAAAUUCAACAGGUUUGUUUGAGCUUCUGCUUCCUGUUAUGUUGUUUGACUGUGUUGAGAGUUCCUGCUCAUGUUGUAGAGUUUUAUUUCAUUAAUUCAUUAAAACUAUUCUAUGGGUAAACUGAACAGAAAUUGGAUUGUAAAAACAAGUCUCUGGGAUUAUCUUUGAAAAAAAUCAGACUUUCUCUGUCCACUUGCUGGAUGUAUGGGUGUACAGGAGGCACCUUUGUGUUUGUUGGAGCAGCUAAUGAAAAAGUGUGGGCAGAUUUGGGUCUCAACCUGCACACACUUUAACUUAGUCACACACUUGCAGGUUAAAAAUAGCAAAAGGCAAAAAUUAAUGACAGAAUAAAAGGUACAGUGAGUAGAUGCAAACAAACUUAGCAGUCAGAUUCCAGUUGGAAACUCUCGCUCACCCCUCUCAUCAGUGAAGCAAUGGUGGCCUUCAAGGACAAAAAGCUCUACACACUGCACCUUCAGGAGAGGAUGUGAAGCUGAACAUUGUUCUAUGAGCUGCUAAGAAUAGAAAAAUAGAUUCUUGACUGAGGACGGAGACUGUGAUGACUAAUCAGGUCAUGGCCCAUGUAUGACUCACAAACAAGCAGAGCAGGAUUAUCACACGUCCUCACCCCUUUCCUAAAGUGUGCUUUGUCGUCUACAUUUAGCGUCAGCAUGCACAUACAAAACAAAACUCUCUUCUUAACAAAGUAUAAUUUUCAGGGUAAGUGUUCAUUCAGUGCCAUCAGACAUGGAAACCAUCAGCUGCUAUGGACAACUUUCUACAAUCCAACAAAUCUAAAUUUCAAAGCUUUAAUUUUAUUAAGACAAGAAUGAAGAUGAGUCAGCACUUGUACUUUCUAAUUGAGUAUAAUCUUUGAAAGAGGGACACAAAAGGGAUUCAGAGUCUGCUCUUGAAAAUUCGUCUCAAAAUAUGGGCCAGAGGGUGUUAAAAGUAUCCCAGCAAUUAGUCAUUGUGGUGACAUAACUGUCCUGACUGUAACUAUGACUUCAGGUCCACAGAUGUCACUCAUGCUUUGCUCUGUGUCACAGCGUUGAGGUGAAAAAUGCCUGUUCAUGUAGAUAACUGGUCAUAUUAUUUACACAUUGUCCUGCAGCAGCACUGAUCUCUUGGGUUCACAUUAUUUAUUUGCAUCUUUUAUUUUCUUUCCAGACUUAAGUCUCUGACUACAGAAAGCAGCGUCAUCGUUUCAGCUCUUCAGAAAUCAAAGACUGGUCUCAUGGAAAUCAGCGAAGACAAGACUAAAGUCAGGAGGUCCCCAGACAAACCUUUACCCGAAGUGAAUGAUGAAUACAAAGACGCACUCAAGCACAAAUCUGUCUACAUUGUAAGUUUUUCAGUAGAUGGCAUACUUGUUCAGAAUUUUAGACUAGAUUGUUUGACUCACAAUAAAUUGUUGAUUUAGAUAAACUCAUCUGUUGUAAUACAGCAGCCCUGGGGAACAAGUAAAUUUGUAUUUUGUGUUACUAUUGUCCAUAACCAUAAACAAUGUUUUAUUUUAAAUUAUUUCAUGCAUGCAUUCCUUAAUAACAAACCGUGUUGUAGUCGAGUCAGACUCCAGUCUCAGUGCCUCAAUGUUCAAGUUACAAUAGAGUCUGGGUCAGCAAAGAUGAAUCAGUAGAGCACUCUUUACCUGAGUCCAAUUUGAGUCCUCUAUUACAAUGUUAUUCAAGACCAAGAGGGCGUCUCACUCCAAACUGUUUGAUAUAUAAAUCUGGGCUGACCAUGUGGGACUUUUUGGAUGUGUAGAAAACACAUUUUAGCUAUAGACAUUCUUUUCUGACCGAAUAGAGAUCAUGAUGGAGAAUAGAGCUUGAAUCAUCGAAGUUACAGAGCUAAGUCUUUAUCUGUCUUUUUUUUUUUAAAUUAUUAUUAAGCACACUGAAACUCUGCUGCUGGGCAGAUGUACUCAUGAACAGUGGUGGGAACACUGUGGGUGUCCGAUAAACUCAAAAAACCUGCAACCUAGCUGCUGUAUUAGAAGUUUACCUAAAAACAUCUUUGACCCAGUGAUGGAGUCAUUUGAGUUGAUAACAGUCACAUAGUCAACAAUCCAGAUGGCCUAACUUUAGUAUCUCACAUACUUUUGUUGGUGCAUCCUGGAUUGAUGUCUGUCAAGUGCGAGGUUGUCCCUGUCUUACCUCUGGUUUCAAUAUAUGUUGCACAAGUAGCAUUGCUCUGUCUGUGAUUACUGUCAAAUCUCUGCAAACAAAGGGAACCAUUUGUAGCACCUCUUUGGGAAGCCUGGUCUGGACUGUAGCUGAGCAAGACUGUAUGAGCAUGCAGGUGACAACAUGCAGCAGCCCCUGCUCUUAACGGAAUACAUCUUUUAGAGCCUCAUAUAUAUUUAAGAAAAGGAAAAAAAAAGUCUCUGUCAGAGCAUGAGUCUGAUUUCUUUUAGUCUUCCAAGUCCUUAUGCAGUCAGUGCUCAAGCCCAGGUACAAGUCUAAAUCCUUGUCCAGUACUGCAACACUGCUUAUGAGUACAUUUCGUGACAUUCAGUUUGAAUUAGUGCUUUUCGGUCACAUUUUUGUAGUUGUCACUUUUCUGUGCUCAUGUUUCGGUUUUAACUUUUCCCAUCCAGAAAGGUUUUCCCCUUGAAACCACCCUAGAUGAGAUUCAGGAGUGGCUGAGUGGGAAAGGCAACAUAGAGAACAUCCAGAUGAGGAGAAAUCUGCAAAGGCAGUUCAAGGUAUGUUUGUAUCAUGUAACCAACUCCUUUGUUUUUGCACCUUGUUGUGGAAGAUUUCAUUAUUCCAUUUCUUUGCAGGGGUCGGUGUUUCUCUACUUUGACACAGAGGAGUCCUCGAAGCAGUUCCUUGAGCGCGAAGACAUCAAAUCGUACAAAGACAAUGAGAUGCUUGUGUUAGCAAGGUAAGCCGUGCUUGUUGGGUCCAAGAUGUAUUUACGCAUUAAAACAUUUUGAACACUUCUGCAUAAAAUAAUCAUCUCAUUCCUUUUUUAGGGAAGCCUACCAUGCAAAGAAAGCAGAGGAGAGAAAAAACUACAAAGCAGAGACAAAGGCAAAAGCUAAACAGUGAGUACUCAAGCAAUACCUAUCUGAUCUAGAAACAUACUGUAUACUGUGGAAAAUAACUAAGCCUGUUCACAUAAAAAUCUACAGGGAAAAGGAACAACAGCAGAAAAACGCUGAAGAGAAGGAGAUGGUAAGAUGUCUUAAGUGCUAACAACCAUCUCGCACUGCCGAGAUCUUUGAGCACUUAAAUAAUUCAUUUCUUGUUUUGUAGGGUGCGCUCUUAGAUGAACAGACUGGUUGCUUGUUGAGGUUUUCAGGAGAGCUUGAAGAUGUCUCAAGAGAGGACUUUCAUGCAUUGUUUACUGGUCACGGGAAGAUAAAGUGGGUCGAUUUUACCAGAGGGGCCAAAGAGGUAAGCCAGCUCUCUCCCUCUUGAGUUUUGUGCCGAGUGUGAGGAGAUGAGGUAGCUGAAAUUGUGUUUUUCACUCAACAAGGGAACGCUGCUUUUCGAUGGGAACGCAAAAGAAGCAUUUGAUAAAGCCAAAGAGGCAAACGGAGGGGAAUUAAAAAUCAAGGAGAGCAGUGUUGAAUGGCAAGUGCUGGAGGGAGAUGAGGAGAAAGAGGAGAUGAAGAAAAUAAUUGAAGCUCAGCAAGGAUCAUACAACAGGAACAAAGGCAGAGGUAAGAAGCAUUGUGACUUUGCAUCUCCUCCAAAAAAUAAUGUUACAUCUCAUGGUAAAUUUACUUCACAUCAAGUUUCCAUGCUUCCAUGUCUGUCUCUAAAAGGUGGAAGAGGACGAGGAGGUGGCAGAGGACGAGGAGGCCGAAGGGGAAGAGGUGGCAGAGAUCAAGGCAGAACACAUUUCAAAGGCAAAAAGACAAAGUUUGAUAGUGAUGAUGAGGACGGUAAGUGGAGUGGUUCUAGAGCCUCAAAGUUGUGUUUGGAGUUAUUAAUCGAAAAUGUCAUUUAAAUAAUUAUUUUUUUUUCUUUUCCUCAAGAACCUGCAGCCACAAAGAGAGAGCUUGAAGAUGCCGAUGGUCCUGCAGCAAAGGUCGCCAAAACUGAGAAUGGAUCUUAGUCAAAAAGUCUCACCCAUUUUUUUUUUUUUUUUUUUAUAAACCUUUAUUAUAAACAGUGAAAAUGCAGAGGCAACUUAAACCCAUUCCAGUGAGAGCGUCAGGCUUUGGAGAACCUUAAGAAGUCCACCUGGAUGUCAACCUGAAGAAGAUUUAACAAAGAUUUUUGUCAGUUUUCUGCUUUUUUUUAAGUCCUUAUCAAUUGUGCCUCUCUUAUCAGUUGUGUAUCUGUUUUCCUUUUUAAGAUGCUUUUGAUUUUAUCAUCCAUCAGAAAAAACUGUCUUUUGACCUUAAUUUAAUUUCACCUCAACAAAUAGCUGUACCAUGACAACAGAAAUGACUAGAAUCUGUGUGCUGUUGUGUUUCCUUCUUGUAGAUUAUCUCCAUUAAAUGCUGAGAACAUCUACUUUGCUAUUUUUUUAAGUUUGCAUAUGUGAAUAGACAAUAAAACCAUUUCUAAAAAUCAA